UAAAGCUUUGACAAGGUAAAAGUACACUACCAGCAGCUUGAAACAUUAGACAAGAGGUGAGUGGCAGAUUUAAAAUUCUUGGCUAAUUGCUGCUGACGGGGACAUGAAACAUUUAAACAGGCUCCUCUCAGAAAUCCUGCCAGCGUUACGUUACGGCGACUGAAAGAAGCUUAGAAGCUGAAGAACAUGGAGCGGCUGAAAGCGAUGGAAGAUGACUCCAUCUACAAUAUGAGUCAGAACAGAGGAUAUGCUGUUCCACCACCUUUGCCCUCCGCUUGUAAUGCUGAACCCUCAGAACUGUAUCAAAUAGUCCAACGGCACAGUCAUCAUCCACCCAUUCUCCAGACCAAUUCAUGGACUCUGGCUGUACCGUACAAAGAGCAAUGUCACCACCGAACUCCCAGUGAGUCUAUCGGAAACAACUACAGCCCCCGGGCCAAGGGUCUGAAAAUGACUAAACUCCAACACAGGCUUCGUAAAUCUAUGGCAAAACGAGUGAGGCUUUCAUCUACUCCCCCUGGAAAGAAACAAGCAAUUACAAGGAAAAGGGAUGCAUCCUGUCGUGCUUCAAUCUUGUCUCAGGGGAGACAUAAGCUCAGAGACUCCCCUGCUCCAAGUAGCCGGCCUAUUAGUCCAACAGAGCAGCUCGACAUCAUGCGCAGGCAAGAGGAGAAGAUGACUCAGACAGGACCUACUGACAGAGACCUGGAGAGGUAUAUGUACUACAUCACCACUGGGGUUGAAAGCUCUGUGCUGGCCCCCCAGCCACGACAGCAGAUGAUCAACAUCCUGAAGCUGCUGCCUCCUGACAGUGAGGACAGCGGUAAACACCUCCAGAUUUUGAGGGCUAACAUGGAAGAGGAAGUCAAAAAAGAUUAUUACCUCAGCCUCAAGAAGAGCAUAGUUGACUACAUUCUGAUGGAUCCAUCUGAGCGCCAGCGACUAUCCAUACACAGCAUUCCCAGGCCGUUUCCCAGGAGGGUGAUUCGUGCACCAGUUCCCUGGACCACCAGCUAUAGGGAUGCCCACAUGUGGCAAAGUGAACAUCUGUAUACCAUCACUCCCAUUAUGGUCUUACUGCAGCAUGUCUGGUUAGACAGCUACUCAUCCUUGAGAUUUGUCAAAAUGGAGGACCUUUUCUCUGCCAGCCUCCCCCUCCUACCAUCUGAGUUCGAAGAGUUAGUCCAGAGACACUGCCAAGCUACAAGAGAUGAACUAAUUCAAAAGUGGCUGCUUCAUUUUGGGUCACUGUUGGACAAAUCUGAGGAUCUGUGGAUUCCAUUCAUACUGAAGAGUGAGCAUGACUCAGACGCUCCAUUUAGUGUCCAGGAGUUCUUCAACUGUGUAGCUGCUCUCAUGUCAUUGCAGCUCCGAAGCCUGGUCAUACAGUCCUUAGAGAACUUACUACAGUUCUUCAUGAUACAUGAGGAGGGCAAUGACUUUGGGGAGGUGUUUGAUGAGAUGCAAUAUGUUCAGCCUCAGGUGCUGUUAGUUAAGCUACAGUUGGAUGAGUCUCACAUUGUCUUUAGUCCCAGCUUCCAGGAAUGUUGGGAGGUCAUUAAUAGGGCCUUCAUGGAGAUCAUUAGGAGUGCAGAGAAGCUCCCAAGGGUGGAAUGUAUUCUCUCCCCUAAUAUCAAGAACGUGUAUCUUCGCACUGUCAUGCCGGAUGAAUCAUUGGUCACAAACCUAAUCAACAAAGCCAAAGAUGUUUUCAACAAGAACACUGUGGGACCCCAAAAGUAUUUGAAUGUAUAUCAAAAGUACAGCAAUCUACUUGACAGUACAGCAAAGCAAGAUGUGUCAGCAUUCCUCAAAGAAAAGCACUCAUUAAAAGGAUUUUCUAAGAAAAUUGAGAGCUUUAAACUGUUGUGGGUAGAGAUUGCCUCACUGCGCAUUACGGUGCCCCUGUCCAUGUUUUGUCUGUACGUUGGCAAACUGAACAAUGACCUGUGCGACCGUGCUGGGAGACUGAAAGACAAGAUCGUCAUGUUUGAAGUAGAGGAGAACCGUGAACUUAACAAGGGAAUCUGUCGAAAGUAUGAGGAGAUUAUACGCACCAUCAGAGGCACGCCAGAAACUACAGAGAAGUUGGUGUCUCUCAGCCAGUACAUUAAAAAGACCAGUGAUGUGACCAUUCACAAGUUGAUAGAUGAGGUUGAUGAGGCAACCUACCGCCUCACCUUCCUAAUGGACUAUGCCUUUCUGCCUUCCGAUGACUUGAGGCUGAACUCCCGUGUUUUCCAGUGGCCCAAUCAGAUCCUCAUUGAGCUUGACGGCAACAAGACUCGUCUGGCCACAAUGAGAGAACAGGCUGAGGACCAUCUCACAACAAGGAUCACAGAAUUUGACCAGAGACUGCAGCAUGUGGACAAGGAGAUACAGGCCUUUAAGAGGAAGGAAGUGAUGAAUAUUGAGGAGAUGAAGAACAAUGUGGGAAAUCUUUCUGAAAUCACUGCCAACCUGGAGGCCGCUCUCAUCGAGUUAGAGGAACUCAACAAAGAGCAGACUUUGCUGGAGAAGGACCAGAGCCAGUUCCCAAUGCUGCAGACUCUGAUAGCUGACAAACAGCCAUAUGAACAGCUCUGGAACACAGUGCUGAACUUUCAGAGCAUGUCAGAAGUGUGGAUGAAUGGUCCUUUCACGCACUUGGAUUCUGAGAAAAUCUCUGAUGAGCUGGAUGUCAUGUGGCGGACCACACAUAAACUGACAAAGAGUUUUUCAAAUCUUCCUGGGCCUUGUCAUGUGGCCAGUUACUUCAAAAUCAAGAUAGAUGAGUUUAAGCAGCACCUGCCCAUCCUGACAACCAUUUGCAACCCUGGCAUCAAAGAUCGCCACUGGGAGAAGAUUAGCAGUAUUGUGGGGUUCGAUGUCAAACCAGAUGUGAACAACUCACUGCUGAACAUGUUGGACCUGGGGCUUUCCAAGUUCUCUAAAGACUUGGAAGAGAUUGGAGCCUCGGCUAGUAAGGAGUAUUCUCUGGAAAAAUCUAUGGAGAAGAUGAAAAAUGAAUGGGAUGACCUACGAUUCUCUUUCACUCCCUACAGAGACACAGGUAUCAAAAUUGUGUCAGCUGUGGAUGACAUCCAAGUUCUGCUGGAUGACAACAUUAUUAAGACACAGACCAUGCGAGGUUCACCUUUUAUUAAGCCAAUGGAGACUGAGUGUAAGCAAUGGGAGGACAAGCUGCUGAGUAUGCAGGACAUCCUAGAUUCCAUGUUGAGGUGUCAGGCUACAUGGCUCUACCUUGAACCCAUUUUCAGCUCAGAGGACAUCAUUGCUCAAAUGCCUGAGGAGGGACGCAAGUUUGCCAUUGUGGACAGCUACUGGAAAAAUAUAAUUGCUGAGGCGGUUAAGGAUACUCGUGUGCUGGUAGCCACAGGCCAGCCUAACAUGCUGGAACGGCUGCAGGAGUCCAAUGUGUUCCUGGAAGACAUCCAAAAAGGCCUCAAUACCUACCUGGAAAAGAAGAGGCUCUAUUUCCCAAGAUUCUUCUUCCUAUCGAAUGAUGAGCUGCUGGAGAUUCUAUCACAGACUAAAGACCCGCUGUGUGUGCAACCUCAUCUAAAGAAGUGCUUUGAGGGCAUUGCAAAAUUGGAGUUUACUGAGGAUAUGGAGAUUGUUGGCAUGAUCAGCUCUGAAAAGGAGACUGUACCCUUCACAGAAAAGAUUUAUCCAGCCCAAGCCAAGGGCAUGGUGGAGAAGUGGCUGCUGCAGGUGGAGAACCUGAUGCUCAGGAGUGUUCGACAUGUCAUCCAUCAAGGGGUGACUCAGUAUGCACAGGUGCCCCGGAAGAAGUGGGUGUUGCAGUGGCCUGGCCAAGUUGUCAUUUGUGCCUCCUCUAUCUUUUGGACCAGCGAAGUGUCUGAAGCUAUUCAAACCAAUUCUCUGCCUGCCUAUGUGGAGAAGUGUAAUGCCCAGAUUGCUGACAUUGUGGAGCUGGUGCGUGGGAAGCUGCCAGGAGGGGCAAGGAUGACACUUGGUGCUCUUACUGUGAUCGAUGUUCAUGCUCGAGAUGUUGUUGCAAAACUGGCAGAGGACUGUGUCUCCUCACUGAAUGACUUUGCAUGGAUUUCUCAGCUGCGAUACUUCUGGGAGGAUGAAGAAGUGAUGCUGCGCAUGAUUACCACCUGCCUGAAGUAUGGCUAUGAAUAUUUGGGCAAUUCCCCCCGUCUGGUCAUCACACCACUUACUGAUCGCUGCUACAGGACCCUAAUGGGGGCUUUGAAGUUGAACUUAGGAGGAGCUCCAGAGGGUCCUGCAGGAACCGGAAAGACUGAGACCACAAAAGAUCUGGCAAAAGCUUUGGCUAAACAGUGUGUGGUGUUCAACUGCUCAGAUGGUCUGGACUACAAGGCCAUGAGUAAGUUCUUCAAAGGACUGGCUCAGUCUGGAGCUUGGGCCUGCUUUGAUGAGUUCAAUCGUAUUGAGGUGGAGGUACUCUCUGUGGUAGCUCAGCAGAUCCUCUGCAUACAACAGGCCAUAGCCAAAAAUCUGAAGACUUUUAUGUUUGAGGGGACGGAGCUUUCCCUCAAUCCGACCUGCUCUGUUUUUAUCACUAUGAACCCUGGUUACGCUGGCAGAGCUGAGCUGCCUGACAACCUAAAGGCUCUUUUCCGUACAGUGGCUAUGAUGGUGCCAGAUUACGGACUCAUUGGAGAGAUCUCACUAUACUCCAUGGGCUUCAUUGAAUCUCGCAGUCUGGCCCAGAAGAUCGUGGCCACCUACCGUUUGUGCUCCGAGCAGCUGUCCUCCCAGCACCACUAUGACUACGGUAUGCGAGCUGUGAAGUCUGUGCUGACUGCAGCAGGGAAUCUGAAGCUGAAGUACCCUGAGGAGAACGAAAGCGUGUUGUUGCUAAGGGCACUGAUGGAUGUCAACAUGGCCAAAUUUCUGGCACAGGAUGUGCCACUGUUUCAGGGUAUCAUCUCUGAUUUAUUUCCUGGAGUUGUUCUUCCAAAACCAGACUACGAGCUCCUCCUCAGUGCACUCAAUGAUAACAUUGCGAAGCUUAAACUGCAGCCUGUCCCGUGGUUCAUUGGCAAAAUCAUCCAGGUGUAUGAGAUGAUGUUGGUACGUCAUGGCUUUAUGAUAGUAGGAGACCCUUUAGGAGGAAAGACAUCAGCCUAUAAGGUUCUUGCUGCUGCCCUUGGAGACCUUUACAAAGCGAAGCUCAUGGAGGAGUUUAAAGUGAAUUAUUGCAUCAUCAACCCCAAGGCUAUCACCAUGGGCCAACUGUAUGGCUCCUUCGAUCCAGUAAGCCAUGAGUGGUCUGAUGGCGUCCUGGCCACCUCCUUCAGGAAUCAGGCUAUCUCUACCUCAGAGGACCGACAGUGGAUCAUCUUUGACGGGCCAAUUGAUGCUGUCUGGAUUGAGAACAUGAACACUGUGCUGGAUGACAACAAGAAGCUUUGUCUUAUGAGUGGUGAGAUCAUCCAGAUGAGUCCCAAGAUGAGCCUGAUCUUUGAGCCUGCUGACCUGGAGCAAGCCUCUCCAGCUACUGUCAGCAGGUGUGGUAUGAUCUACAUGGAACCACAUCAGCUGGGCUGGUCUCCUCUAAGAGAUUCCUACAUGGACACGCUGCCUGAAAGCCUGAAUGCUGAACACAGAGAGCUGAUCAGGGACCUGUUUGAUUGGUUAGUUCAGCCCUGUCUGGACUUUAUAGACAGGGAGUGUCGUUUUGUGGUGCAGACAUCUCCCAUCCACUUGGCCUAUAGUUUAAUGAAGCUAUAUACCUGCCUGAUGGAUGAGAUUUCUGCAUCAGAAACCAAUGGUACACAGAAUAUGUCCAGCCAGCAGAUAACCCUGUGGCUGCAGGGUCUCUUCCUAUUUGCGGUCGUAUGGUCUCUGGGUGGGACCAUAACUGGAGACAGUCGUAAGAAGUUUGAUGUCUUCUACCGCACUCUGAUCUCAGGCUUGGUUGAUGAACACCCUCGGCCCAAAAGUAUCAAGCUCAAAAAGAACAACAUCUUCCCUGAGAGAGGCACUGUCUAUGACUACUACUUCCAUAAGGAGGGACAGGGUCAGUGGAACGUCUGGACUGAUUCGAUCACAAGUGAAGAGAACGUCAUACCAGCUGGAGCCAAAGUGUCAGACCUCAUCAUUCCCACCAUGGAGACAGCCCGCCACCUUUUUUUCCUGCACACUUAUCUGGCACAUGAAAUACCCACAUUGUUUGUGGGACCCACUGGCACUGGCAAAUCCAUCAUCAACAAAAGCUUCUUGGUAAAGCUUCCUAAGGAGCGGUACACACCGAACUGCAUCGACUUCUCAGCCCGGACUUCAGCGACCCAGAUCCAAGACAUCAUCAUGGCAAAACUGGACCGAAGAAGAAAAGGCAUGUUUGGACCUCCUGUGGGAAAGAAAUGUGUUGUCUAUGUUGAUGAUCUUAACAUGCCAGCUAAGGAGAUCUAUGGUGCCCAGCCUCCAAUUGAGCUGUUAAGACAAUGGAUUGACCAUCGCCACUGGUACGACAAGAAAGACACCUCCAGGCUGAACGUGGUCGAUGUGCUGUUUAUGUCUGCAAUGGGACCUCCUGGUGGUGGGAAGAACGAUAUUACAGGUCGUUUCACUCGUCACUUGAAUAUUAUCUCAAUUGAUUCCUUUGAUGAUGAAACUCUGACCAAGAUAUUCAGCUCCAUUGUUGACUCGCACUUCAGCAAGGGCUUUGAAGCCUCUUUCUACAGGCUUGGCAAAAUCAUGGUCCAGGCCACCAUGGCUGUGUAUAAGGACACUAUAGACAGCUUCCUCCCAACCCCAUCUAAGUCCCACUACAUCUUCAACCUGCGAGACUUUGCUCGAGUGAUACGAGGUGUUCUCUUGGCUCCACACACACACACGCAGGAUGGGGAUAAAUUGAUCCGUCUGUGGAUUCAUGAGCUCUACCGUGUUUUCUAUGACCGACUCAUUGACAGCAAAGACAAGGAGACAUUCUUCAUCAUCGUCAAAGACAAAACAUCAGAAUUCUUUAAGCUGAGUUUGGAAAAGCUCCUGAGUCACCUCAGCCCAGAUGGCAAGAUAGUAGAUGAGAGCAUCCGUAGCUUGUUCUUUGGUGAUUAUGCCAAGCCUGAUUCUGACACCAAGGUCUACGAUGAAAUCACAGACUUGCAAGGUUUGCAAGAAGUGAUGGAAUUCUACCUGGAUGAGUACAACAACUGCAGCAAGGCACCAAUGUCCCUUGUAAUGUUCAAGUUUGCUAUUGAGCACAUUUCCCGAAUCUGCCGUGUGCUGAAGCAAGACAAUGGACACCUUCUGCUCGUUGGUAUCGGUGGCUCAGGUCGCCAAAGUGCCACAAAGCUGGGCACCUUUAUCAGUGAUUACGUCCUGUUUCAGAUCGAGCUGACUAAGAACUACAGCAUGUCAGAUUGGCGUGAUGACCUGAAGCGCAUGAUGCUUAAAGCUGGCAUUGAGGGAAAGAAUCUUGUGUUUCUGUUCAACGACAGCCAAAUCAAGGAUGAGGCCAUGCUUGAAGACAUCAACAUGCUGCUUAAUACAGGUGAUGUGCCCAACAUCUUUGCUGCUGAUGAGCGAGCUGACAUCAUUGAGAAAGCACAGGGUAUCGCCCGGAUUGAAGGCAAAAAGAUUGAUGCGACUCCGCUCUCAAUGUAUAACUUCUUCAUUGAUCGUGUGAAGGCCAACCUUCACAUUGUGCUAGCCAUGAGUCCCAUCGGUGAUGCAUUUAGGAACCGUCUUAGGAUGUUUCCCUCCCUUAUCAACUGCUGCACAAUUGACUGGUUUCAUGCAUGGCCUAAUGAUGCUCUGGAAAUGGUGGCCCACAAGUUCCUAGAGGAUGUAGAAAUGGAGGGUGACAUCAAACUGGCGGUGGUGGAGAUGUGCAAGACCUUUCAGACCAGUGUCAGGGAGAUGUCUCAAAGGUAUUUCUCCACAUUACGGAGACACAACUAUGUCACACCCACCUCCUACCUCGAACUCAUCCUUACCUACAAGACGCUGCUUAAAGUUAAGAGGAAUGAAGUGAAUACCGCAAAGAACCGCUAUAUUGUUGGGCUCCAGAAACUGGACUUUGCUGCGUCUCAGGUGUCAGUGAUGCAGCAGGAGCUGACAGCCUUGCAGCCAGAUCUCUUCCAGACCUCAGCUGAGACAGACAAGAUGAUGGUUAAGAUUGAGCAGGAAACAGUGGAAGUGGACGCUAAGAAAGAACUUGUGUCUGCUGAUGAGAAAGUGGCUAAUGAAGCAGCAGCUGCAGCCCAAGCCAUUAAGGAUGAGUGUGAGGGAGACCUAGCAGAAGCAAUGCCAGCAUUGGAGGCUGCACUGUCAGCACUGGACACGUUGAAACCUUCAGACAUUACAGUAGUUAAGGCUAUGGUGAAUCCACCAGGUCCAGUCAAACUGGUGAUGGAGUCCAUCUGUAUCAUGAAGGGCAUCAAACCUGAGAGAAAACCUGAUCCUAGUGGCUCAGGUAAGAUGGUUGAGGACUUCUGGGGCCCUUCAAAGAAGCUCCUUGGAGACCUGAAGUUUUUGGAAAGCCUCAAGGCCUAUGACAAAGACAACAUUCCUGCCCCACACAUCAAGAAAAUCAGGGACAAGUAUACUGACAACCCUGACUUCCAGCCCUCUGUUAUCAAAAAUGUCUCCUCGGCUUGUGAAGGUCUCUGUAAAUGGGUUCGGGCAAUGGAGGUGUAUGAACGUGUUGCCAAGGUUGUAGCACCCAAGAAGGAGAGGCUGAAGCUGGCGGAGGACGAGCUGGCUGUACAGAUGGCAACGUUGGCUGUAAAAAGAGGUGAGCUGAAAGAAGUUGAAGACAGACUGCAGAGUUUGAAUGAUGACUUGGCGGCUAUGAUUAACAAGAAGAAAGACCUGGAGGACAACAUUGAACUGUGUUCUCAGAAGCUGAUCAGAGCAGAGAAGCUGAUUGGCGGACUGGGUGGGGAGAAAGAUAGGUGGACAGAGGCUGCAAAGCAACUAGGCAUUAGAUAUACCAAUCUGACUGGUGACAUACUCCUCUCCUCUGGAGCUGUCUCUUAUCUUGGAGCUUUUACUGUAGAUUACCGCAUAGAGUGCCAGGAACAAUGGCACAUCCUUUGCCAGGAGAAGAAUAUCCCCUGCUCUGAGGACUUCACCCUCAGUAACGCUCUGGGUAACCAGGUGGCCAUCAGGACGUGGCAGAUUGCUGGACUGCCAGUGGACUCCUUCUCCACGGGCAAUGGCAUCAUUGUGUUCAACUCCCGUCGGUGGCCCCUGAUGAUUGACCCACAAGGUCAAGCCAACAAGUGGAUCAAGAACAUGGAGAAGGCCAAUAAGCUUGCUGUUAUCAAACUGUCAAAUGCAAACUAUGUAAGAAUCUUAGAGAAUAGCAUCCAGUUUGGCACCCCUGUUCUUUUAGAAAAUGUUGGAGAAGAACUUGAUCCAGUACUUGAGCCUGUGUUGCUUAAGCAGACCUUCAAACAGCAGGGUGUAGAGUACAUGAAAAUAGGAGAGAAUAUCGUGGAGUAUUCUAAGGACUUUUUGUUCUACAUGACCACCAGACUGAGGAACCCUCACUACCUCCCUGAAGUGGCUGUGAAGGUUUGUCUGCUGAACUUUAUGAUCACUCCACAAGGCUUACAGGACCAGCUUUUAGGGCUUGUGGCAGCUAAAGAGAAACCUGAACUGGAGGAGAAAAAGAACCAGCUCAUCCUGGAGAGUGCUGCCAACAGCAAGCAGCUGAAGGAAAUUGAAGAUAAGAUCUUAGAAGAGCUCUCCUCUUCUGAGGGGAACAUCCUGGAGGAUGAGACGGCUAUUGAGAUCUUGUCAACCUCAAAAAUACUCUCUGAGGAGAUCUCUAAGAAGCAAGAAAUUGCCAGUGUCACCGAGAAAGAGAUAGAUGACACUCGCAUGGGCUACCGUCCUGUGGCUGAGCACUCCUCCAUCUUGUUUUUCUGCAUCUCAGAAAUGGCAAACAUCGAGCCUAUGUACCAGUACUCCCUGACCUGGUUCAUCAACCUCUACCUUUAUUCCAUUGCCGAGAGCGUAAGGAGUGAUGAUGUGGCUGAAAGAAUUAGCAACAUCGUUGAGCACUUUACCCUCAGCAUCUACAGUAACGUCUGCCGCUCACUUUUUGAGAAGGACAAGCUGCUUUUCUCCCUUUUGCUCACUGUAGGCAUCAUGCAGGGCAAGGGCCAGGUUGAUGAUCAAGUCUGGCGUUUCCUCCUAACUGGUGGCAUUGCUUUAGAUAACCCUUAUCCUAACCCUGCUCCAGAGUGGCUGUCUGACAAAUCUUGGUCUGAGGUUGUCAGGGGAUCCAAACUUCCAAACCUGGAUGGAUUCUUAGAACAUGUCCAAGACAACAUCUCCAAAUGGAAGGAUCUUUAUGACUCAGGAAAGCCCCACAAGGACCAGUUGCCUGAUCAGUGGAGUAAUCUUGUGGGACUGGACCGAAUGAUUGUGAUCAGAUGCUUCAGGCCUGAUAAACUGGUUCCAGCAGUGCAGGAUUUUAUAGCGGAUAACAUGGGACAAGCCUACAUCGAACCGCCUACCUUUGAUUUGGCAGGGAGCUACAAAGACUCAAACUGCUGCUCUCCUCUCAUCUUUGUGUUGUCAGCAGGAACUGAUCCAACUGCAGGUCUGCUGAAGUUUGCUGAUGACCUAAAAAUGGGGGGCAGUAAAACCCAAACCAUUUCACUUGGCCAAGGACAGGGACCUAUAGCAGCUCAGAUGAUUGACACAGCCAUCAAGGAGGGCACAUGGGUGGUGCUGCAGAACUGCCACCUGGCCACCAGCUGGAUGCCCACUUUGGAGAGGAUCUGUGAAGAAACCAUCACUCCAGAGAACACACAUCCUAGAUUUAGGUUGUGGUUAACCAGUUACCCAUCUGACAAGUUCCCAGUUAGUAUUCUGCAGAAUGGACUGAAGAUGACCAAUGAACCUCCUAAAGGAAUUAGAGCCAACCUGCUGCGCUCCUACCUGAGUCACCCCAUCUCUGACCCUGACUUCUUUGACAGCUCCAAGAAACAGGUCAUCUGGCAGAAGUUUCUGUUCGGGCUCACCUUCUUUCAUGCUCUGGUUCAGGAGAGAAGAACCUUUGGACCUCUAGGUUGGAAUAUUCCCUAUGAGUUUAAUGAGUCAGACCUGAGAAUCAGUAUUAGGCAGAUCCAGAUGUUUCUUGAUGAAUAUGAUGAGGUUCCACUGGAGGCCCUCACCUACCUUACAGGUGAGUGUAACUAUGGUGGUAGGGUGACAGACGACAAAGACAGACGUCUGCUGUUGUCACUCCUAUCCAUCUUCUAUAGUUGGGAGCUGAUAGAACAGGAAUGCUACCACCUGUGUGAGGGGGAUCUGUAUUAUGUUCCCGCUCAUGGCCCCUAUCAGACAUAUGUUAGCUACGUUCGAAGCCUGCCAAUUAGUGCCGAUCCUUGUGUAUUCGGACUUCAUAGCAACGCUGACAUUACCAAGGACAAUCAAGAGACCAAUCAGCUCCUAGAUGGAGUGCUGCUGACUCUGCCCAGGCAGUCAGGCGACGGAGCGAAGUCUCCUCAGGAAGUAGUAGACGAGCUCGCAGAGGACAUCUUGUCAAAGCUGCCAGCAGACUUUGACAUACAAAUGGUGAUGGAUAAAUACCCAGUCAUGUAUGAAGAGUCUAUGAACACUGUUUUGAGGCAGGAAAUCAUCCGCUUUAACAGACUUACAGAUGUGGUGCGUGUCAGCUUGGUGAACAUCCGCAAAGCUUUGAAGGGCCAGAUUGUUAUGUCUUCUGAACUUGACAACGUCUUUAACAGUAUGCUGGUGGGCAAGGUGCCCGCUGUGUGGGCAGCUAAGUCCUACCCCUCUCUUAAGCCAAUGGGGAGCUACGUGACUGAUCUAUUAGCCAGACUGCAGUUCCUACAAGAUUGGAUAGAUAACGGCCCACCUACAGUCUUCUGGCUCUCCGGCUUUUACUUCACUCAGUCAUUUCUCACUGGAGUGUCUCAGAAUUAUGCCAGGAAGUACACUAUCCCCAUCGACUACAUCGGUUUUGAAUUUGAGGUAACCAAAGAGGAGACACACACUGAGGAAAAGCCAGAUGAUGGCGCUUAUGUUAAGGGUCUUUUUAUGGAGGGGGCCCGCUGGGACAGACAGAACAUGGUCAUUGGAGAGUCUUACCCUAAGAUUCUCUUUGACUCUUUACCCAUCAUCAAGCUCAAACCAGGAGAAAUGGCAAAGUUUCAACACGAAAACAUCUACGUUUGUCCUGUUUAUAAAACCAGUGCCCGUCGAGGGACCUUGUCCACCACCGGACACUCUACUAACUAUGUCCUGUCCAUCGAGUUGCCCUCUGACAAGCCACAGAAACACUGGAUUAACCGUGGAGUGGCAUGCCUCUGCCAGCUGGACGACUAAGAAUGAGCAAUUUUUAAAUUACUAUUGCUCUACUCAGCUGCUGCAUCAGCCAAAGAAAUAUACAAUACUUAAAGAAAAAAAAUGUGGAUAUAUAAAUAUAUAGAUUUUUUAAAUUAAGGACUGAGGUUUUAGCUUUCAAAUGUAUUUUUGCCCUAUCUAUGCAUAGAUAUUGAGGCGGAUAAAAAUUGGUGUCACAUACACUGGGCUCUAAUCUGAGUUUUGCCAUAGAGUCUGGAACCCUAAUCAAAAUAGCUGAGCAUAUUUAGCAGGAUUUAGCAACCUGAAAUCCAUGUAAAAUUCACUUGAUUAACUAAAUUCACUCCCAUGUUUAUUGUUAAUAGUUACUGUACAGUAGAGGUUAUUUCCAAACACCGAGUCACUCAGGAGAAAUAUUUUAUACUGAUUAUCUGCUGAUAGCUGAUACUGGUAUAUAUUUGCACUGUGAUGCACUUCAGACUCGUAUUUUCUAUAUGCCUCUAUUUUUUUAGAUUUGGUGGUGGUUUAAGAUUUAUUACUUGAUAAUAAAGACAGCAUAGUGUCACAACAACAGAUUGGUGUUAUUGGCAUUUAGAGCUGCCCUGUGAUUGAUGUUCAGGUUGUGAGCCUCAGUUAAACAUCCAGUUCAUGUUUGUUUUUCAGUAAUUGAGUGUACUGUACUGUCUGUUUGACCAUUUUCAAUAGAUCACAUCGCAAGGUUUAGCAUCAUGCUUUUAGGAGUAUUGGUAACAGGGUUGCAGACUUAUAGCUGAAAGCAAUAUUCUGAAGUCAGACACUAGAUGGCAGCAAAGGCAAACCAGUACUCAGCUGGAGUCUAAUUGUUGAGUUGCCGGAAUCCAGAAUGUUGGAACGUCAGUACAUAUUGACAGAUUCCUGCAUUACGUUACAUAAAUAUGCAUUCAUCACAUAUUUUAGUGCCGCUAAACCUUGUGCAUCAUUUUAAAAACAACCAUAGGAAAUAUUUCUGUCCAGUUUAAUAUCAGAGAGUUGAGUGAAAGACGAGAUAAAAAAGAUUGCGUGGGCUUAAUAACAGACCAUCCAUCUCUACUUGGGUACAGAAUGAUGCCAAAUACCUGCCUCGCCAUGCUUGAUAGAGUUCUGGCCAGGAGUAUGUCAAUGA